AUGCGCUCCCUGACACUCGCCGUUCUCACGAUCACAGCCUGUGCUGCCGCUUCGACUGCAAAAUCCGUGCACCACGAGCCUCAUCGGUUGGACGACAAGGAUUCGGUUGAGCAGGUGAUCAGUGAGGCGCUGAAGGAUAUCGAUGCAUCGAAGAAGAUGAUUCGAAUGACUGUGACGAUGAACGACACUGCCGACGAUUCCGCUUCGAACUUCUUCCGCGACUUCGAGGACACCUUCAGCGGGAUGUUCAACGCCAUUCAGAACACCCACGUACCAUUCUUCAGCAGCAGUGAAAGUUCGCUGUCUCCAGUCGCCCCAAAGACCAACCAAACCACCGAAGAUCUCUUGACACGUACACGAAACGAGCUCCAGGCGGAUAUCGACAGUCUCCGCGGACACAUCGUCUAUCUCCAGGCCGACGUUCGUGAUUGGAUCCUUUCCAACGAGAAUAGUCAGUUCAAGUCUGUGCUUCUCGGUGCAAUGUCCGCCAUCGUCGUGCUCAUCGCAUACACUGUCAUUUGCAAGUGCUGUCGCAGACGCUCUCGCCUCAACCAUCUCGCCGCUUUCGUCAAUGAUGGAUGCUCUGCCCAGGAUUCUGAAUCGCUUCUUCCAACCAAAAACACCAAACGCCCACGCAACUAUCCAUCGAACAGCGACGAGGAUAUCUAAAUUAUCUGUCACAAUUCUCUCUUCUCACCCCACAUUAUUGCCCCUAACCUUCAUAUAUUCUAACCUAUUUUGCAUAUUUCGCAUCCAGUGACGUCACCAUUCCAUGUAAAUAAAUCUAGUCGUCUCCU